UUGCCUCCGACUCCGAGGUCUCACCGCUUCCUUACCAGAGACCGGGUCUUGGCCGCCAUGUCCGCCGCGGACGAAGUUGACGGACUGGGCGUGGCCCGGCCACACUAUGGAUCUGUCCUGGAUAAUGAAAGACUUACUGCAGAGGAGAUGGAUGAAAGGAGACGUCAGAAUGUGGCUUAUGAAUACCUUUGUCAUUUGGAAGAAGCAAAGAGGUGGAUGGAAGCAUGCCUAGGAGAAGAGCUACCUGCCACCACAGAACUGGAGGAAGGACUUAGAAAUGGUGUUUACCUUGCCAAAUUAGGAAAUUUCUUCUCUCCCAAAGUGGUGUCCCUGAAAAAGAUCUAUGACCGAGAACAGACUAGAUACAAGGCAACUGGUCUCCACUUUAGACACACUGACAAUGUGAUUCAGUGGCUGAAUGCUAUGGGUGAGAUUGGAUUGCCUAAGAUCUUUUAUCCAGAAACUACAGAUAUUUAUGAUCGAAAGAACAUGCCAAGAUGUAUCUACUGUAUCCAUGCACUCAGUUUGUACCUGUUCAAACUGGGCCUGGCUCCUCAGAUUCAAGAUCUGUAUGGAAAGGUUGACUUCACAGAAGAAGAAAUUAACAACAUGAAGAUUGAGCUGGAAAAAUAUGGAAUCCAGAUGCCUGCCUUCAGCAAGAUUGGGGGUAUCCUGGCUAAUGAACUGUCAGUGGAUGAAGCUGCAUUACAUGCUGCAGUUAUUGCUAUUAAUGAAGCUAUUGACCAUAGAAUCCCAGCUGACACCUUCAUAGCUUUGAAGAACCCCAAUGCCAUGCUUGUCAAUCUUGAAGAACCCUUGGCUUCCACUUACCAGGAUGUACUUUACCAGGCCAAGCAGAACAAAAUGGCAAAUGCUAAAAACAAGACAGAGAACUCUGAGAGAGAAAGAGACAUUUAUGAAGAGCUGCUCACUCAAGCUGAAAUUCAAGGGAACAUAAACAAGGUCAAUGCGUAUUCUGCGUUGUCAAAUAUUGACCUGGCUUUAGAACAGGGGGUUGCGCUGGCACUCUUCAAGGCUCUGCAGUCCCCUGCGCUGGGACUUCAAGGUCUGCAGCAACAGAACAGUGACUGGUACCUAAAGCAGCUCCUGAGUGAUAGACAACAGAGGAGACAGAGUGGUCAAGUGGGGCCCCUGCAGAAGGAGGAGCUACAGUCUGGAGUGGAUGCUGCAAACAGUGCUGCCCAGCAAUAUCAGAGAAGAUUGGCUGCAGUGGCUGCAAUUAAUGCGGCAAUCCAAAAGGGAGUUGCUGAGAAGACGGUGUUGGAGCUGAUGAAUCCUGAAGCCCAGCUGCCCCAGGUGUAUCCGUUUGCUGCCGAUCUUUAUCAGAAAGAACUGGCUACCCUGCAGCAGCAGAGUCCUGAACACAGCCUCACCCAUCCUGAGCUCUCGGUUGCUGUGGAGAUGCUGUCAUCAGUGGCCCUGAUCAACAGGGCCUUGGAAUCAGGAGACAUGAACACAGUGUGGAAGCAGCUGAGCAGCUCAGUCACAGGCCUUACCAACAUCGAGGAGGAAAACUCGCAGAGGUAUCUGGAUGAUUUGAUGAAACUGAAAGCCCAGGCGCAUGCAGAGAACAAUGACUUUAUUACAUGGAACGACAUCCAGGCUUGUGUGGAUCACGUGAAUCUGGUGGUUCAGGAGGAACAUGAGAGGAUUUUAGCCAUUGGUUUAAUUAAUGAAGCCCUGGACGAAGGUGAUGCCCAGAAGACCCUGCGGGCCUUGCAGAUUCCUGCAGCCAAGCUCGAGGGAGUCCAUGCAGAAGUGGCCCAGCAUUACCAAGACACACUGAUCAGAGCCAAGAGGGAAAAAGCCCAGGAGACCCAGGAUGAGUCGGCUGUGCUGUGGUUGGAUGAAAUUCAGGGUGGAAUCUGGCAAUCCAACAAAGAUACCCAGGAAGCACAUAAGUUUGCCUUGGGCGUCUUUGCAAUUAAUGAAGCAGUGGACAAUGGUGAUGUUGGCAAAACAUUGAGUGCCCUCCGUUCCCCUGAUGUUGGGUUGUAUGGUGUCAUUCCUGAAUGUGGUGAAACUUACCAGAGUGACCUUGCUGAAGCCAAGAAGAAAAAACUGGCAGCAGGAGAUAAUAACAGCAAGUGGGUGAAGCACUGGGUGAAAGGUGGCUAUCACUAUUACCAUAAUCUGGAGACCCAGGAAGGAGGAUGGGAAGAACCUGCGGGCUUUGUGCAGAAUUCCAUGCAUCUUUCUCGAGAGGAGAUCCAGAGCUCCAUCUCGGGGGUGACAGCUGCAUAUAACCGGGAACAGCUCUGGCUGGCCAAUGAAGGUCUGAUCACGAAGCUGCAGGCUUGCUGCCGUGGAUACUUAGUUCGACGGGAAUUUCGAUCCAGGAUGAAUUUCCUGAGGAAACAAAUCCCUGCCAUCACCUGCAUCCAGUCGCAGUGGAGGGGCUACAAGCAGAAGAAGGCCUAUCAAGAUCGCUUAGCUUACCUGCGCUCCCAUAAAGAUGAGGUUAUAAAGAUUCAAUCACUGGCGAGGAUGUAUCAAGCUAGAAAGCGCUACAGAGACCGUCUGCAGUAUUUCCGAGACCAUAUCAAUGACAUUAUCAAAAUCCAGGCUUUUAUUCGUGCAAACAAAGCUCGCGACGACUACAAGACUCUGAUCAAUGCCGAGGACCCCCCUAUGAUUGUAGUCCGAAAAUUUGUCCAUCUGCUGGAUCAAAGUGACCAGGAUUUUCAAGAGGAACUUGACCUUAUGAAGAUGCGGGAAGAGGUUAUCACCCUGAUUCGUUCUAACCAGCAGUUGGAGAAUGACCUCAAUCUCAUGGAUAUCAAAAUCGGGCUCCUAGUGAAAAAUAAGAUUACGCUGCAGGAUGUGGUCUCCCACAGUAAAAAGCUUACCAAAAAAAAUAAGGAGCAGUUGUCUGACAUGAUGAUGCUAAAUAAACAGAAGGGAGGUCUCAAGGCUCUGAGCAAAGAGAAGAGAGAGAAAUUGGAAGCUUAUCAGCACCUAUUUUAUUUACUGCAGACCAAUCCCACCUAUCUGGCCAAGCUGAUUUUUCAGAUGCCUCAGAACAAGUCAACCAAGUUCAUGGACUCUGUAAUCUUUACACUCUACAACUAUGCUUCCAACCAGCGAGAGGAGUACCUGCUCCUUCGGCUCUUUAAGACCGCCCUCCAGGAGGAAAUCAAGUCAAAAGUAGAUCAGAUUCAAGAAAUUGUGACAGGAAAUCCUACAGUUAUUAAGAUGGUUGUAAGCUUCAACCGUGGUGCCCGGGGACAGAAUGCCCUGAGGCAGAUCCUGGCCCCAGUAGUGAAGGAGAUCAUGGAUGACAAGUCUCUCAACAUAAAAACUGACCCCGUGGACAUUUAUAAAUCUUGGGUUAAUCAGAUGGAAUCUCAGACAGGAGAAGCCAGCAAACUUCCCUAUGAUGUAACUCCUGAGCAAGCGCUGGCUCAUGAUGAGGUCAGGACGCGGCUGGACAACUCCAUCAGGAACAUGCGGGCUGUGACAGACAAGUUCCUGUCCGCCAUCAUCAGCUCAGUAGACAAAAUCUUAGAUCACCAGGAUGCCAUUGCUCCAGAGCACAAUGACCCCAUCCACGAGCUGCUGGACGACCUGGGCGAGGUGCCCACCAUCGAGUCUUUGAUCGGGGAAGGUGCUGGCAAUGUAAAUGACCCAAAUAAGGAGGCCCUAGCCAAAACGGAAGUCUCUCUCACAUUAACCAACAAGUUUGAUGUGCCCGGAGAUGAGAAUGCAGAAAUGGAUGCUCGGACCAUCUUGCUGAACACAAAACGUUUAAUUGUGGAUGUCAUCCGGUUCCAGCCAGGAGAGACCUUAACGGAAAUCUUGGAAACACCAGCCACCAGCGAACAGGAAGCUGAUCAUCAGAGGGCCAUGCAGAGACGUGCUAUUCGGGAUGCCAAAACUCCUGACAAGAUGAAAAAGUCAAAAUCUGUAAAAGAAGACAGCAACCUCACUCUUCAGGAGAAGAAGGAGAAGAUCCAGUCAGGCUUAAAGAAGCUCACCGAGCUGGGAACUGUGGACCCGAAGAACAAAUACCAGGAACUGAUCAAUGACAUCGCCAGGGAUAUUCGGAAUCAGCGGAGAUACCGACAGAGGAGAAAGGCUGAGCUGGUGAAACUGCAGCAAACUUAUGCCGCCCUGAACUCUAAGGCUACCUUCUAUGGGGAGCAGGUGGAUUACUACAAAAGCUACAUCAAAACCUGCUUGGAUAACUUAGCCAGCAAGGGCAUGGUCUCAAAAAAACCUGGGGAAAUGAAAGGAAAGAAAAGCAAAAAGAUUUCCCUGAAAUAUACAGCGGCAAGACUCCAUGAAAAAGGAGUGCUUCUGGAAAUUGAAGACCUGCAAGCAAAUCAGUGAUUUAAAAAUGUUAUCUUUGAAAUCAAUCCAACAGAAGAAGUUGGAGACUUUGAAGUAAAAGCCAAAUUCAUGGGAGUUCAAAUGGAGACUUUUAUGUUACAUUAUCAGGACCUGCUACAGCUACAGUAUGAAGGCGUUGCAGUCAUGAAGUUAUUUGACAGAGCUAAAGUAAAUGUCAACCUCCUGAUCUUUCUUCUCAACAAAAAGUUCUACGGGAAGUAA